AUGGAAGAGCCGGGGAAGCUGAAACGAGCGUUAAUCGAUUCUUCGGCUGGGGCAUUUGCCGGAGCUGUAUCUCGGAUCGUAACGUCGCCCCUCGAUGUUAUUAAGAUCAGAUUUCAGGUUCAACUGGAACCCACUUCUUCAUGGGCCUUGCUUCGCAAUGAUGUGUAUGGAGUAUCAAAAUAUACUGGUAUGGUGCAGGCAACCAAGGACAUUUUCAGAGAGGAAGGUUUACGGGGUUUUUGGCGUGGUAACGUGCCAGCACUGCUCAUGGUUAUGCCAUAUACUUCCAUACAAUUUACCGUGUUGCACAAAUUGAAGACAUUUGCAGCUGGUUCUUCCAAGGCAGAAGAUCACAUUCACUUAAGCCCUUACCUAUCUUAUAUCAGUGGGGCAUUAGCAGGGUGUGCGGCUACUCUUGGAUCAUAUCCGUUUGAUCUUCUAAGAACUAUUUUAGCUUCACAGGGGGAGCCAAAGGUGUAUCCAACCAUGAGGUCUGCAUUUGUUGAUAUAAGCACCACUCGUGGCUUUAGAGGGUUGUAUGCUGGAUUGUCACCUACACUGGUUGAGAUUGUUCCUUAUGCUGGCAUGCAGUUUGGAACCUAUGAUACAUUCAAGCGGUGGGCCAUGGCUUGGAACCGGUUUAGGUCAUCUAAUGCAAACCAAGCUUACAAUAACCUUUCAAGUUUUCAGGUUUUGAUUUGUGGGUUAGCUGCUGGCAUAUGUGCUAAAGCUGUCUGUCAUCCACUUGAUGUGGUCAAGAAGAGGUUCCAGUGGUUUUUGAUGUAUGUUCUUUUGCAGAUUGAAGGACUACAGAGGCAUCCAAGAUAUGGAGCUCGAGUUGAACAUCAUGCAUACAAAAAUAUGUAUGAUGCUCUUCGUAGGAUUUUGCAGCAAGAGGGUUUGCACGGUCUUUAUAAGGGCAUUGUACCAUCAAUUGUCAAAUCUGCACCUGCUGCUGCUGUUACAUUUGUUGCAUAUGAGUAUACAUCAGAUUGGCUACAGUCCAUUUUGACUUGA